CUCUGUCGGUGGUGAGCGACGACCAGUCCCUCUUUGACUCUACGUACGGCGCUGCCACUCACCUCCCCAAGGCAGAUAUGACGGCCUCAGGGAACCCAGACUAUGGCCAGCCGCACAAAAUCAACCCUUUGCCUCCUCAGCAGGAGUGGAUUAAUCAGCCCGUCCGGGUCAAUGUAAAAAGGGAAUAUGACCACAUGAAUGGAUCAAGGGAGUCCCCUGUAGACUGUAGUGUGAACAAAUGCAGCAAACUCGUCGGCGCCGGGACAGAGUCCAACCCCAUGAGUUACAACACCUACAUGGAUGAGAAGAAUGGGCCUCCUCCCAACAUGACCACCAAUGAGAGGAGAGUCAUUGUCCCAGCAGAUCCCACGCUCUGGACCCAGGAUCACGUGCGCCAGUGGCUGGAAUGGGCUAUAAAGGAGUAUGGAUUAAUGGAGAUUGACACCACCGUCUUCCAGAACAUGGAUGGCAAGGAGCUCUGCAAAAUGAACAAGGAAGACUUCCUCCGAACCACCUCCCUCUACAACACAGAAGUUCUGUUGUCUCACCUCAGUUACCUCAGGGAAAGUAGCUCACUGCUGGUCUACAAUACUCCAUCCCACACAGAAGCUUCCUCACGUCUUGCCACCAAAGAAGGCCCUCCUGUUGCAGGGACACAAAAUGUGAAUAAGACAACAGAACAGCAACGGCCCCAGCCAGAUCCCUAUCAAAUCCUGGGGCCCACUAGUAGCCGUCUUGCCAAUCCAGGGAGCGGGCAGAUCCAACUGUGGCAGUUCCUCCUCGAGUUGCUGUCGGACAGUUCCAACGCCAGCUGUAUCACGUGGGAAGGGACCAAUGGGGAAUUCAAGAUGACGGACCCUGAUGAAGUGGCACGGCGCUGGGGAGAACGCAAAAGCAAGCCCAACAUGAAUUACGACAAGCUGAGCCGAGCCCUCCGAUACUACUAUGAUAAGAACAUUAUGACCAAAGUGCAUGGCAAAAGGUAUGCCUACAAGUUUGACUUUCAUGGCAUUGCCCAGGCUCUUCAGCCUCAUCCCACUGAAUCGUCAAUGUACAAGUACCCCUCAGAUCUCUCCUACAUGCCAUCUUACCAUGCCCACCAGCAGAAGGUGAACUUUGUACCCCCGCACCCUUCUUCUAUGCCUGUCACAUCAUCCAGUUUCUUUGGAGCAGCCUCACCUUAUUGGACCUCCCCUGCCGGAAGCAUUUAUCCGAACCCCAAUGUCCCUCGCCACCCCAACGCCCAUGUAUCACCACACUUGGGCAGCUAUUACUAGAUGCUUUCAUCUUCAAGGGGGCUUUAUCAGUCUGGUUGGACUUUUUCUCUACUUCUGGGAUUUUUAUGGUUUUUGGGGGACCCUUAAUGGAUAAUUGUGGCCUUUCUGGGGAAGAAUUUAAACUGGAUAUUGGUUAUUCCUGGAUCAAACCUUUUACUUCUGUUAACUUUGCCUCUUGUGUCUUGAACUGAGAGAUGGAUGCUUCUUUGGGCCAGUACUCUGCUCUUUUUUUUUUUUUUUUUGGUGUUUAACGCUUAUGUCCUCUGUAGGAAGCGACUAUGAAGAUUGUUCACCAUUACCUGGAAUGAUCACUAGCUUUUCAAUGAGAGAAAUUUUUAAGGAUUCAAAGGCUUUUGACAAGACAUAGAUCCAACUGUGGGUCGUAGGAAAAGAUGACUACAUGGGGUUUUUUUCUCGCCGUGGAGAGGUUAGGCAAUUUGACCAUUAAACGGAGGACGUUGGGCUGCAGGGGACCGCAACUGGAAUCUUAGCUUUAAGGCAGAUGAGGAUUUUCACCCAACUGGAAAUUAAAUAUAUAUAUAUAUUCAUAUAUAUAUAUAUAUGUGUGUGUGCAUGUAUAUUUUAAGAAGCAAAGGGCAUUGAAGGAACUUUUCUAGAGUGUACAACUUCAUUAGACUGUGUAUUAACUCCAGAAAUAUCAGAAACCAGAACAAAAAGUAACCUAAUGUCAAGCACAGACAUUCCUUGAAAGCAAAAGUGAAGUAAAAUAAAUGACAGCAGGCCCCUGAGCUCUGCCAGAGUCUUAAGGGUCGCUAAAUGCUACCGAUUCGCGAACGCUGUGCGUUUGUCAGACCGUCAUCCAAAGUGGUCAACAAAUCAGAAGGCAAAUUACUGUAUAAAUUAUGCAGAGUUAUUUUUCCCUAUAUCUCACAGUUUUAAUAGAAAGAUUAAAUAAAACGAGUUGACCUCGGUCACAAAUGCAGGUUUGUUUUUUACUAUCAGCUCAGUUGUUUGUGGGUUGUUAUUGUUUUUUUGUUUGGUUGGGUUUUUUUUUUAAUGUAAUUUGUACAUCUUUUCAAUCUGUACAUUUGGGCUGUGGCUUUGUACUUUUUGCUAAAAAAAAAAAAUUAAAAAAUAAGACAUGAGUAAUGUAUCUGUUGGAAGUAGCCUUGGUCCUGCAACUGGAUCCGUAAUUGACCCCCAAAGUAGCCAGAAAUCUUCCAGAUCUCCCUGGGUUUGUCUAGAGUAGAGUUUUUUCUUGUAUUAGCCUGUCACAGUUGUCUGCAAAUUAACUCCACUUAGCUAACAUGUUUGCAUUGAAGCUGAUUGAAAACAUGCACCAGUAUUUUAAGGCAAACUAUUGAAAUAUUUUGUCAUUAUUCUUCACCAAAAUCUUGAACUUCGGAAAGAAAUUAAGCACUUCAUAGACAAAAUUAUCAAAUACUUCCCAUAACGUCUUUUUGAAAACUUUCACGAGGCGGGUUCAUUUGAAUUUUAAACAUUCAGAAAUUCUCAGCCAUCUCUAAUUUGCACAUGUUAAUUUGAUGAUCCACAAACGGCGGUUUGGUGCCAUAAACAGAAGGGUAAACCACAAGCAUUUGUGUUUUAGAACAGAUGUCUACAGGGUGGGGGGGUGUGUGUGAGACUUACAUGUACAACCUAUUAGCUAACUUGUAUUAACUGGCAACCAAUUAACAGGAUCACAAAUAAUCUAGUCUAGACAUAACCUCUGGGACUCUGGGUGGGUGCACGAUUCGGCCCAUGUGCAUCCGAUUGCAGGAUGAGAGCCCGAAACCAGAACAUUAUAGUCUGCUCAUAACUUUAAACAGAAGCACUGAUGCCAUUAUUUAACGAAGUGGAAAAAUAAGAUCAAGCUAAUCAGUUUAGGUCUUAGUGCUUUUGGGAUGUUUAUAAGUAACAUUACUGCAAUAAUCGCAAAAUUUAAGUAUGAAGAAAUUACCCGUGGAAAUGGGGCUUUUGCUACUAUAUAUAUGCAAUGUACUUUUUGGAUAUUAAAAUAUAUAUAAUUUUGCAAGUAAUCUUGGUGGUUUUUUUUUUUAAAAAUGUAUUAAGUGUUACAAUGAAACUGUUGUAUGAAAUGAAUGAUGUAAAAAAAUGUGACAAAAUAAAUGAUGGUUUUCUUC